CCGUACGCAUACGCCGCAUACUUUACGUAUUUGCAGCAUUUGCGCAAGCUUGUGAACCUGACAAAGUGUCCGCUUGUUACUUUGGCUGGGAAACGAAGGCAUGGUAUUAAAAAUUGUACUGCAAUUGAUUCAACGAUAACAAUUUCAGUGAAAUAAUUCAGUGACAAGCUCACGCGUAACUGAAUAUUGAAGCCAGAAAUAGUUGAACAACUUGGUCGCUAUGGAUCAAGAUUCUAGGCGAAAAGGGCCUAGAAGUCCUAGUCCGGAAUCGGACGACUCUCACAGGAGAAGGUCCCGAAAAUAUGAUCGGUCUCCGUCUCCGAGAAGAUCUAGAUAUCGCAGGUCUAGAUCGAGGGACAGACGAUCUCGUUCCAGUUCCAGGGACAGAAGGCGUAAGGAAACCAGCCGCAAUCAAGACUGGAAACAACCGACUACGCAAACGGCACCUCAAGGGCCCCCGCCAGCUGUGGCUUCCUCCAAUUAUCAGGCUCCCAUUCACAACCAAUAUCAGGGGCCACCACCACCGAACACUGGCCAGCCGCCUCCGUCAUUGGCUGCAUACAACCAGGGAUACAACUAUAAUUACAACUAUAACCAAACCUAUGAUUAUAGCUAUCAGCAGCCGGCAAGUUAUCGUAGUGACUACACAACUUCUGGAUGGCAAGGAACCCAAGUACCCUACAACAGUCAACAGCCACCUCCUCCACCUAAUUUAAAUACGCAAACCGAACCACCCAGACCUGUGGAACCUGCGCCUCCGGGAUUAGCAGCAGUUCUUCCAAGACCCGAGGAUGCUAAAAAAGAAGCAGCAAUCGCGGCUGAAGUCAAGCAACAAAAAGCUACAUUGAGCAAACAACGAGAGGAAUACAUUAAGAAAUCUAGCACACUUCAACGUGAAUUGGAGAUCUUACGUCAACAGUGUGAUGAAAUAAGCAAAGAUGGUGGCAGAGACAACAAUCGGAUUUUGAAGGAGAAUCAAAAGCUCCAGAUUGAGAUUCAGAACAAGAUGAAAUCUAUACACAAUGUGAUAGAUAUGCUGACUGGAAUCAUCGGUGAUAAGGCAACAGUCGAUGAUCUGAAGGUGAAAUUCAAGAUGGAAUCUAAUAAAAACUUGAAAAGUCCUAAAGACGAGUUCCCUAAAGGGAAAUCCGAAUCCCCAGACAGAGGCUCUGUAUCAGACUCAGACAAGGAAUCUAAAAUAGACAGAGAGCGAGAGAGAGACAAAAAGUCACCCGAAGAUACAAAACCAAUGUAUAAUUUUGUACAUUAUGAUCCUGAAAUGCAUUGGUGUAAAGUGUGCGACAUCUUUCCAAAAACUGCCAAGGAGUAUUUAAAUCACCUUCAUAGCAAUGAGCACAAAGAGGCUUGCGUGGAACGCAAGAUAGUUGACAUGCCGUGGCAUAAAGCCAACGGCGAGGGAACGGAAAAAGAAGUACCAUAUUAUCCCGGACUUCCAACAAAACGAACACCGAUCAAGGGUCUACAGUUUUUCAUCUCGGCUACAGCGUGGUAUUGCAAACUCUGCGAUUCGUGGAUCGGUGAUCUGCAUUGUGCCAGUCUACACUUGAAGUCGAAAAGGCAUUCAGAGAAUUUUUCUCGUUUUGUGGAACAAAAUCCUCACUGGGAGACUGACUGGAUGGCGGAUCGUGAAAAAGCCUUUUCUGAAGAAAAGCACAAGCAAAUGCAAAUUGAGUUGUUGAAGCAAAAAGAGGACGAGCCUGUAGCCAAGCCGAAGAAAUCUAAAAAGAGCAAAAAGAAAAGUAAGAAAUCGAAAAAACGUCGAAACAAGAGUAGUGGGACUGACACAUCUUCAGAUUCAGAUGAGUCAUUUUCUGACUCCGAUCAGGAUAAAUCAAAAAGUAUAAGAGUUGCUAUGAGAAAUAAAAUGAAGGCUGCUACACAAGCGAUAUUGAAUGAGGAAAUUGAUUACCACGGAAUGAAAUUGAAAGGAUCCUGGGCCCAGGUUGCGCAACAAAUCAAGCAGCCAACUACCGAAGUACAGCAAGAAGCAGAUGAUCGACAGUUGUUAAACUCUAUAAGAGAUAAAUUGAAAGCUAAGCAGGAGGAAGAAAUUAAAGCGAUAGGUCGUCAAAGCCAAGAAAAACUGUCCUACGAAGAGAUUCACAGUCAGAAUCCUCCUUUCCCGAAGAAACCAGAUGAAGAUUUAGAAGCUUGGGGCCCUAAAGAACCACCGAAACCGUUUUGGAUAAAAAAAGAAGAGGACAAGCAGCCAGCUACUCCCAACAAACCACAUGAAGCGGUCAAACCUGAGGAAAUGCCCAAACCACAUAUGGGUUUUUGGACAAAGCAACAAGUUAAUAUGGCUGUUAAACCAACUGAAAAUAAAUUACCUGAAACAAAGGAAGAAGAUAGAGAUCGUGACAGAGACAGGUAUAAAGACGACCGUGACCGCAAGUAUGAAAGGCAAGAAAAGUAUGAAAGGUACGACAGAUAUGACAGAAAUGACAGGAAUGACAGAAAUGACAGAAAUGAUAGAAACGACAGGAAUGACAGAAGACGAGGAAGAGACAGAGAAUAUUAUGAUGAUCGUAGAAAACGGGAAAGCGGUUCCCCAAGGCGAGACAGAAACUGGCGAGACAGUCCUAAACGAAAUUAUGACAGGUAUGAGAAGGACAGAAGAGAAGAUAACUCCUCAAAUGAUGAAUCUAAAUUUGAGAAAAAGACAAACGAACUUGCAUCAAAAUUCAAAAAAGUUGGUCCACAACCGAAAAAACCAAUGCCAACAGUAACUAAAGGAAAAUUACCGUUCAUUGGGAGACUACCCCUGUUUAAAAAGAAAACUGAGGAAUCUAAGGUCACAGACAAGGACAUAGCUCCGUUGCCUUAUCAGCAAAGCAAGUUUGAAGACACUCCAAGAGUUCCCAGUGAAAUAAUAAAUCCACCUGGCGUGGUCCAUAUUACGAAAUUAGCAACCCCAGUAAAUCUUAACAACGGAAAUCUGAACCAGUUGAAUAAAUUACAACAGAUGAAAAUACUAGUCGCACCACCCCCGCCGACAUUGAAAGAAAGUAAAACUCUGACACCACAAGUUGUUGACAUGGAAAUUGAAAAUCAAUCUGAAGGGGUUAUCAUCGAACAACCAAUUAUUGAACAACAAAAACCAAAUACAAACGUACCAAAACUCCCGCCACCUCCAAAUCAUCCACCACCACCUAUAAAUCGUCCUCCGUUUAUUCCUGCUCCCCAUGUUUCAACCAGACCACCGUUUGUUUCUAAUAGACCACCAUUCCUAUCAACCCAACCACCAUUUGUCACGCAUCCUCCAAUACGCAAACCACCGGUACAAAAUAUUCCUCCCUUCAUUCCAAUGCAACCACCACCUCCGGUACAAAGCAAUUCAUCAUUUGCUCAAAUUCAUGCAAAUCCACCACCUCCUCUGCCAUCUGCAGAUACUUCGAUACAUGAUGUGGCAGACAUACCGGAACCUGCAGAAAAACGUGCUGACCCAUCCAUACCACUACCAGAGGAUUUGCAGGAAGCCUUGAAUAUCAUUUUCCCAAAAGAAGAAAAAGAUGCUAAACAAACUCAACAACAAGAAAGCGUCAUGUAUGCGACAAUGUACAGCAUGUUGGGAUGCAUUGGAUAUGGACCUGAAUACAUGGAUCAUCCACCACCAGAAAUAACUCAAGCCGAACCUGAAGGUGAUACACAGCCUGGACCUGACGACUUGAAAAUGUUAGGAAUUGACGAAGGCGAUACUAUAUUUUAAACCGACAAUUUCAUGUGUGCCAGUGAUAUUUACAGAGACUUCAAAUAAAUGUAUAAAGAUACGUAUUUGGUUUGGCAAAUACGGUAAUUCAGUUCAUUUUUUCCCAGCAGCAUCAACAAUUACUAGAUGAAAAACAAGCUAAAUAUCAAUUUCAAUCUGAAUUGAAAACUUGUGGAUAACAAUGGUGGUUUACUGUAGUUAGAAUUUUAUAAAUUUGAUGUUAUCAUUGCUUCAGUUCUUUUAUAAUUAAUCGAUUUGCGCAAUUUCAUGAACUUUAGGACAAGAAUUUGUGAUGCAUGAGAAGAAAAUCUCAAGUAGUUGUUGGCCAUAUCGACUACAAUGUACGUGUAAUAUCGUCUGAAAUUGGACUGAUCCUCAAGAUUUCUGCUUCUGAAUAAUAGAGAAAAUAAUUCCAAGCCAAUUGCUGGGUAUUUUGGCAAUAAUUUCAGUUAAACACCUGGUACAACCUGCCUGAAGAAUUUGAAAAACUAUAAAACUUCGUUGUAAACUGUAUAAAUUCACACAAUCUUACAAGUUGGUUGUGUAUUACUCUUGAGGUUUUAAAUAUUCACAUAUUGACGUAUGUAAUGAUCAAUAUUCGUUGUCACAAGUUGCAAAUACUGAUCACAAUAUUUAAUAGGAUUACAGUUAGAUUAACGAAUCCCAUGGUAUUCAAAUACGUUUGCGACUACAAUAUUAGUUUAUGAUUUCAUUGUUAAUUUCAUUAUUUUGAACUGUAAAGCACAGUAUGGAAAAUGAAUAAAAAUAGAUGCUCCGAAA